AUGAAGUUCUUCUCCGUUGCUGCAGCCGCAGCUAGCGCAGGCCUGCUCUUCCUCAGCACCACUGUCGAGGCCGCCAACAACCCACCCGCUGCCGCCGGUCCCAAGCCUCUCGACGGCCCAUCUGUGGCACCCAACGCGCCCCCCACCAUCAAGAACAGCAGGACCAAGAGUGCCCAGCUUCAGAAAGCCAACUACCUCCCCCGCGGCUACAUUGUCGAGCUCGAGUCUUCCCCAAAGUCUGGCAAGCGUUCCAAUCCGCAUGCCGAGGUUCACGAGCACUUGUCCAAGCGCGCCAAUGGAUACCAGACUAGGUACGAGUUCGACGAUCCCAACACGUUUGUGGGCAUGUCGGUCGUGCUCAACAGCGAGGAUGACUACCACUCGCUCGUCUCGGCUCCCGGUGUCAAGGCAGUCUACCGAACCACCCUUCACUCUCUCCCCGCUUACGAGCCCGUGACCGUUUCGAACGAGUUUGUCAAGGCUGCGACCGGUAAGGAUGCCGCGGCUGCUCCUCCUAGCCGCAAGAAGCGCCGUGACGAGCCCAAGAACGCCGAACAGGGCUAUAAGGACACUUUCUCCCCCCACGUCAUGACAGGUGUCGACAAAGUCCACGAGAAGGGCUUCCUCGGCAAGGGCCAGGUGGUUGGUAUCAUCGACACUGGUGUCGAUUACCGUCACCCAGCUCUCGGCGGCAAGCCUGGCAACAAGCCUUGCUUCGGUCCCGGCUGUCUCGUUAUUGGAGGUUACGCGUUCGUCGAUGACAACUUUAACGGCACCAACACUCCUGUUGCCAGCCCCGACCCGUACGACUGUCAAGGACACGGCACCCACGUCUCCGGAACCGUAGCUGCCAACGACACGGCCCUAGGCUUCACCGGUGUUGCUCCCCACGCAAACAUCCGUGCUUACCGAGUCUUUGGUUGCACUGGAAGCACCCCCGACGACAUCAUCAUCGCUGCUCUUCAGAGGGCUUUCUUCGACGGUUGUGACGUUCUCAGUCUCUCGCUCGGAGGUGCUGGAGGAUGGAGCGAGGCUCCUUCGUCUGCUGUCGCUGGUCGCAUUGCCAGCCUUGGAACCCCUCUUGCUAUCGCCAACGCAAACGACGGCGCUUACGGUAUGGCUUACGCCAGCUCCCCUGCUACUGGUGACCAUGUGACCGCGGUCGGCUCAGUCCAGAACGUCGACUUGACCGGUAUCACGGCAGGCAUCGUUCCCACCAACCUGAGCCAGAAGAACGUCACGGUGCUCAAAGGAUCUCCCUUCACCUUUGCCGACGGACAAUCCAAGGUGCUCGAGGUGUACCCGACGUCGAGCAGUCUCACCGUCACAGACGACGGCUGUGCGCCUCUGCCAGACUCUACUCCGGAUCUGACCAACAAGGUCGUGCUUGUUGGACGUGGCACUUGCACCUUUGCAACCAAGUUUGCUAACAUCAACGCCAAGGGUGGCAAGUACGUGCUGGUGUACAACAGUCUCUCCUCCAUCACCUACGUCGAGACCGACAUUGAGGGUCAGCAGGCUGCCUCGUUGACGCGCAACGACGGACUUUUCCUCAAGCAGCAGAUCAACAACGGCGUCAAGGUUUCGCUCGAUUUCAGCAACACUGCGCUUGCUACCAUCAAGGACACAGACACCGGCGGUCUGAUGAGCGGAUUCAGCACGUACGGCCCGUCGUACGAGAACCGACUCGACACUCCGACCACCUCGGCUCCCGGUGGUAACAUCUUGAGCACGUACCCGCUGGCAAAGGGUGCCUACGCCAUCCUGUCCGGAACGUCGAUGGCAACUCCUUUCACCUCGGGCUCCAUCGCUGUGUUCCAAUCGGCUCGAGGCAAGUUCUCGCCCGAAGCGCUCAACAGCAUUCUGUCCAACACUGCGAGCCCACUCAAGAACUCGACGAGCGACGGCUCGCUCUACGAGUCGGUGGCGAAGCAAGGCACGGGACUCGUCGACAUCAACAAGGCUCUCUACCAGCAGAUCGUACUGAGCCCGUCUGUCAUCGAGCUCAACGACACUGCUCACUUUAACGGUACGCAGACCAUCACUGUCAAGAACUUGGGCAGCAAGCCAUUGGCAUACAGCCUUUCGCACAUUCCUUUCGGAACCGCCCAGUCGCAGGAAGACGACUCGAUCUUCUUCAACCUCGGCCCUGUCCCUCUCAGCGCCAACUAUGCAGCUGUGCGUCUGAGCAAGAACAACAUCGUCGUGCCACCCAAGGGCUCCACCACUUUCACGGCCUCUUUCACCCCUCCUGAGGGCGUUCGCACCGACAAGCUGCCCUUCUACUCUGGUGUCAUCCACCUCGAGCCGCAGUCGUCGGCCUACAGCGCUGCCAACAUCGCCUACGGAGGUUACAAGGCCGACACGUCCAAGACGCAGAUCCUGGACAACACGAGCGAGCUGUUCGGCGUCGGCCUCCCCGUCCUCGCCUCUGCGGAUGGAAACACGUUCAUCGAGAGCGACAACACGUCGUACAGUCUCAAGAACGUUGCCGAGUGGCCUCAGUUUGUGUACCGACUCAACUACGGAACUCCCUACUUGCAGAUUGACAUUGUCAACGCUACGACGGACUUGCAGCCCACGUACAAUGUGGAUGGUUCGGUCAACGCCAAGGCGACCACUUCUACUGCUGCUGGCAACCACAAGCGGUUCGUGCACCACCGUCGUCAGGGUCCAAAGACGCCGCAGCCCAAGCCAGCUCCCAGUACUCCCAAGCCUAAGCCUGGCCCUGGAGGUCCAGGCAAGGGUGGACCCGGUGGACCCCCCGGUGCCGGACCCGGUCCUGCACCCGCACCCAAACCAUCCCAACCUGCUGGCGGAUCCGGUGGAGCUGGCGCGCAAUUCGCCGACGUCAAGACGGUAGGCAUGCUCGGCAACGGCUACUGGAACGGACGAAACAGCGCCACGGGUCAGCUCUCGGACUACUCGUACAACGUCCAGCUCAUCACGCCCGAUCUGACGCUCCCGCAGAACGGAAGCACGACGCUCACCCCAGGAACCUACAAGGUUCUGCUGCGAGCUCAGCGUGUCUUGACCGAUGGAAAGCUCGAGAGCAGUUACGAGUCGUACCUGUCGCACGCUUUCACCAUCACUGAGUGA